AUGGAACUGCAGGGAACCUGGGCCCGGCUGCGCGAGGAGGCGGCGGCCCGGCUGCGCGACGCGCCCGCCACCGAGCCGCUGCUGGCCCGCCACCACGCCGCCCUGGUGCGCUGGCUGGAGGAGCGCCUGGGCCGCGGCGAGCGCGUCGUCAGCCUCGAGCAGCUCGGCGAGGCCCUCGAGAGCCGGGCCGGCGCCGCGCCGGGCGCCGCCGCCGAAGAGCGCGCCCGCAGCGAGGAGGCCUUUGCUCAGUUUGAUGUGGAGGGAGAUGGCACGGUCGAUGUGGAGAACAUGCUGGAGGUUCUCAAGAACUCUGGGGGAGCCAAUCUCCGAGGAGAGCUCAGUCACGUGAUCCGGCAGCUGCAGGCUUGUUCACUCGUCCCAGGUUUUAUAGACAUAUUUUCAGAAUCGAACGAGCGCCUUAGUCUUCAUGCUUCCAUGAUUCUGAGAUUCCUCCAUCGGCACCGCAUUGCCAGCACCGUCAUCCCAUAUCCCGUCUUGGAGUAUUUCAACAAUAUUUGCACUAUGCGUUCUUCUGUUCUCAAGGAUUCUUUAGACCGACUCCUCCUAAAAGAAAAGGAGUGCCCUAGUGACUUAAACGGAAACCAGGAGUUAGACAUACUCAAAUCCGUUUCGAAGUGCUACACCCACAUAGAAACCUCCUCCAAUUCGGCUGACGUUCACAGAAUGACGAAUGGGGAGACGUCCUCCUUCUGGCAGUCUGACGGGAGUGCGCGAUCACACUGGAUCCGUUUGAAGAUGAAACCAGACGUCAUUCUGAGGCACCUCUCCAUCGCUGUCGCAGCCAACGACCAAAGCUACAUGCCGCAGCAGGUCACCGUGGCCGUCGGAAGGACUGCCAGCUGUCUUCAGGAGGUCCGCGAUGUUCACAUUCCCAGCAAUGUUACUGGAUACGUGACAUUGUUGGAAAACGCUAACAUUAGUCAGAUGUAUGUGCAGAUCAACAUCAAGCGCUGCCUCAGCGAUGGAUGCGACACCAGGAUCCACGGGCUGCGGGCCGUCGGCUACCAACGAGUGAAGAAGGGCAGCAUCUCCGUCUGUGAUGCAUCGGCAAUCUGGUACUGGUCCCUCCUGACCUCCCUGGUCACAGCGUCCAUGGAGACCAACCCAGCGAUCGUCCACGCUAUCCUGCAGAACACGCAGAAGGCCCUACAGCAUAUGCCACCGCUGUCUCUGUCACCAGGUUCCAUCGAUGUCUCUAGCUUCUUGUCUCCAAACGUGUUGGAAGAAGUGGACAGCUUUCUCCUGGGAAUCACCAGCUGUUGUGCUACGCCAGAGGUAGAGCUCACAUUACUGGCAUUCUCCCUGGCCAGAGGCAGCAUCGCAAAAGUGCUGAGUUCGCUUUGUACCAUUGCCGGCCAUCUGGAAACUCCCUAUAAGGCCGCUUCCCUAAUUGCCUCCAUGGCCACAGUCCGGCAAAAUUUACUCUACAAAUAUGGGGCGCCACUGCGUCUGACUCUGCAGGCCUGCGAUGUCAAGGGGAAGGAAGACAAAUCGGGACCUGAAAAUCUCCUUUUGGAGCCAUGGACAGGGGAUGGCUUCCUGACAGAGACUGGGAAGAGGCAAGCCAGCAUCAUCCUCUCGACAGGGACAGAAUUGGCCCUGCAAGUCACACAAAUCAGAGUAAAGGUCCGAAGAGGGCCGAUUGGAGCGCGAUGCGGGUUGGUGUUUGCUUACAACUGCCCCUCAGAGAAGUUUCACGCGGAGGAGCAUUUCAAAAGGUUUGAGGCCUACGACAAAUGGAAGCUGGAGGAUUUUCGGCACUUCUUAAAAAUGAGGAGUGGCAUUCCACGUGAUGACCUGGGAGAGGAGGAUCCUGUGGGAUGGUUUGAACUGGAGGAGGAAUGGGACGAAGUGGAAGUCAAGAUGCAGCAGUGUCGCAUUUCCAGGUACCUGAUGGUGAAGUUCUUGUGCACAAGGCAAGAGAAAGCAGAACGUCUUGGAGUGCAAGGCAUGGGUGUCUUUGGGUACCUUCGGCCUGUGUCAGCAGAGCCGGACGGAAGCGAGAGCUGUAAGUCGUGUGACAGACCGAGUGGCGAUACUGUGUGUGGAAUGACUCUUCUCCUGAAAACCCUGUCCUUCGUCCAGCAGCUUGCACAAGACCUGGUUCAGAAGAAAAGAAAAGGUGUACGAUACAAGUCUUACCUGGACUUCAUGGGCCUAGAUUUAAAGCUUUUCUGGAAUUUCUAUAACAAACUCCAACAGAAUCCUCGAGAAGAGAGCAUCGAUGCCCAGACCGUGCUACUCCGGCUUCUCCAGAGCUGUUUCUCAGGGCUUGGUUCGGGUAACAAAGAAGCCACGCUGUCUCAGGGAGCGGCCAAGAAGCAAACACCUGACAACACGGAAGUGGCUGAGGAACUCUACCAGCACCUGUGUGAAGUUGUGGACAGCGACAGCGAGGCCUCCCCCCUGCAGAUCUUGAAGCAGGAAGUCACGAACACGUUGCUCAACGGAGCAGCCAUCUUCUUCCCCCACAGACAUACCCGGCGGGAAAAGCUUUUUGCAAUGCUGAAGAACAUCACUGAGCGGGAGCACAAGCCCUCUGUGCAGCUUACCUUCAGGUCCCUCUGCACAUAUUUCAGCGAUCAGGAUCCAGGUGGGCUCCUCUUGUUGCCGGAAAAGGGAAACCCUGCAGAGGUGGAUGUGGACCAAGUGUUAGCCGUGAUGGAGACCCUUCUCAUGGUGACAUCAAGAGAGUGUGAAAAGUUGAUGCUGGGUGUUGCCCAGCACGAUUCCGGGCCUGUGCUCUCGUCGCUGUUCUGGUCUGUCCAGGGCAGCCUCCUUUCUUGGUGCUACUUGCAGCUUAAAGGGAGCGAUGCAGCAUCUAAGAACCUGGCCGCGGCAAUCCUUACGAAAUACGUGAAGCAGUUCCUCUUGAGCGUUCGGACAAUUUUAGGGUCACUCCUGUCCCAACACAGUGGGAAAACCAUCAUGGAGAAACUGAGCCACUCUGUCUUCGCCAUGGUCACCCGGCAACUGAUGACCUUCCUGCAAGACUUCUACACCUUGGAUAUUCCGCACCGUGCCCUCCUGCACGAUAUCGGCAUGCUGACAACAUUGCUGAACGAUCUGUCUGCGGAGCCUGGCGACAGUCCGGAAAAGGUGAGCAUCCAAAGCCAGCCGCAGGAGCAGCCCGUGGUGCUUCGAACAUGGACUGUGGAAUCUCCCCACAAUUACGACAACAACUGCCACGACGUCACGGUUUUCCUCUGCCCAGGGGCAACUUCCUUCGAAGUGGAGUUUGACGACAGAUGUGAAACGGAGCGGAGGUACGAUUACCUGGAAUUUACUGAUGCCAAAGGUGCCAAAACUCGCUACGAUACCAAAGUCGGCACAGACAAGUGGCCCAAGAAAGUGACUUUUAUGGCUGGCCCUCGGCUGCAGUUCGUCUUCCGCUCCGACAGCAGCAACAACGAGUGGGGUUACAAAUUCUCCGUCACCGCAUAUGGCUUGCCGGAUGUGGACCUUUCCUGGGGCCUGGACUUGCACCUGCUUGUGGCCAGGCUGAUGGGGCGCUUGGCUUCCCAGAGCAUGGUGCUGAAAUCCCUGCGUGAGGGGGGCCAUGAGGUAGAACUGCCUCCCGCAAAAGUGACGGCUGUUCUUAACUCUCCUCUCUGGAAACCGGUCUUCAGGCAGCAAAUGUGUUCUGUCCAACAGCCGAGACCUCACAAGCUAAGCCAAACACAACAGGAAAAUAAAGAGGCCAUCAGCUCUGAUGCCGACGACUGUCACACAUUCCUCCUUAACUUCUCAAAGUCAGACCCUGCCCAGGAGCCCUGUGGGCCAAAUUCUGACCUGUUCAAAGGACUCAUACAGGCAUGUAAAAAGCAGGCUCCAAAGACUGACCUAGUUGCUGGUUCCACUGUUGAUCAAGCUGUCCGCUCUGCAUUUGCUGCUUUGGUGUAUCUCUCUCCAGAUUUGUAUGGGAAGCUGCAGAAUUAUGGUAACUCCUACAUUAGUGAAUAUCUAUUCAUAGCGAAGACUACCUACUGCUCAUAUGAUAGCUAAUUUGGCCAUAAAGUG